AGAAUUGGAUGCAGAAGCAGAAGUUGACCCUGCAGCAGUUCUGCGGAAAAAUGUUUCUUCUAAAAAAGUAGUAGAGACGUAUGUUUUGUUCAAGCAGGUCACACGAAUCUGAUCCCCCUCAGGUUCGUUGUGUCGUAGUUCAAUCAAGUAUAAGUGCGAUUUAUUUGACGAUCUGCAUCUGAAGACUACCAUGGGGAAAAUCUACAUCAUGACGCUCUUGAAGUUUGCGCCCUGUGCCUGCCGUAGUUCCUACCGCUCGUCCUCGCAGUCGCAUUGAAAAUACGUCGACGCACUUCUGGCAGCUGCAAAGUUCUUCACGACCAUCCCAACAGAAGAUGAAACAGGGCACAACGUCGAAGGUGGACCUCCGGCGUCGCAGCCAGGGCACAACGUCGAAGGCGGACUUCUAUGCGACGUCCACGCCCCCACAAAGUAGUACAUCAACUGCAGGCGUGGUGCAGGAGAGCAAGCUCAAGCAACAUGUUGAGUACUAUGACCACGCUCAACAUCAUGCAGUUGGUCACCAACCACAGCUACAUCAAGGACAAGAACUUCUCUCUCCCCAAUCCGUCUCCUCCGGAACGACGUUGGCAUUGCUUGCCCGGUAUCAACUGCAAAAAUGUCUGGGUCUGGCAGAAUGCAUGUUUGUCAUGCUUGUCUGGCAUGACUCUUAAAUCUGUCAUGCACGUUACCCAAGAGCCUCACUUUUCUGCCAUGCAGAAACGUGGUUUGUCAUGCUGAAUAGGCAACACCUGGAAGCUCUGAAACUUGUCAUGCUGCACCAGCACUUGUUGCCUCCUCAUGAUACGCCACCCAGCAUCACAAGUUUCCAGACCCAGACACAUUUGCAUUUGAUACCCGGACCGUUCCGCUCUGCGUGUAUUUGAUCUUCGUGUUGACCUACCUCGGCAUCUACCUUAUGCAUUGCAAAAAUGUCUGGGUCUGGAAGGUGGCAACUUGUCAUGGUAAAUCUGAAGCAUGCAAAAAUCUGUGUUGCAUGAGUGCCAAAAGCUGUUCACUUUUGACCAAGUUGGGAGGCGGUUUCUCAUGCAGGAUAGGCAUGGUAGAGGCCUCACAGAAUGUGUCGUGCUAGGUCCCGCACUCCAGACCUCAUGGGUCAUGGAAAAUGUGCAUGACAAGUCUGCACUCUUCCAGACCCAAACAUUUUUACACUUGAUACACCUCCUCACCUACCAAUUCGACGCGUUUCCCCGGUUGUGGUUCGAGUAUGCCAUUUUACCCUGUCAGUUCUUUGUGGUCUUUAUGCUUUCGACGAUCACGUAUGGAUUGCAAAAAUGUCUGGGUCUGGAAAGAAUGGGAUUUGUGAUGCUACCUGUAGACGAUAGAAAAAUCUGUAUUGCAUGAGCAGCAAAAGCUGCUUGAAUUUUUGCCACUCGGAGAGGGCAUUUCUCAUGCAGAAUAGGCAUUACCAAGGCUUUGCGAGAACUGUGAUGCUACAGCAUGCAUCACAGGCAUUUUGGGUCAUGUACAGUUGUGCAUGACAAACUCCCCGAAUCUUCCAGACCCAGACAUUUUUGCAUUUGAUAUUUCUGUUGGCGCGGCGAUGUGCUUGUGGAAGAUGUAUCAAAUGCAAAUAUGUCUGGGUCUGGAAGAAUACAAGUUUGUCACGCAGGGUUGCCAUGACCCAUGAGGUCUGGAAUGCGGGACAUAGCAUCACAGAUUUUUAGAAGGCUUCCUGAUGCCUGCUCCGCAUGACAAAUGCCCUCCCCACGUAGCAAAAACUGGGCUCCCCUUGCUGGUCAUGCAAUACAAAUCUUUUUAGAGUCGAAACAUAGCAUCACAAGUUGCAACCUUCCAGACACAGACAUAAUUGCAUUUGAUAAGAUGGACGCGUGGCUGAAAGUCGACUGGGAUAUGACAGCCUCAGAAUGGAAAUCCUCAAAGUGGAAAUCGAAAUAAUUUGUAAUGCAAAAAAACGACUCCAGUUGAAGCGCCAUUUCUAAGCGGCGCAUGACAAAUUUCCCGGUCAUUCAGAACGUGUCUGGUGUCGUGCUAGUUAGGCAAAGGGGUGCCCUUCUCUCAUGCUAAUCAGCAGUCCAAUUCUGAACCCAUAGAAGCACAAUAGUCGGCCUCCAUUGCGUUCUCUGCAAUACGGUCUUCUUGGUGUCGCAUUUCAUGCAUCACAAAUUAUUUCCGCUUUGAGGAUUUCCAUUCUGAGGGUGUCAUAUGGGAACGCAAACUGGGAGAAUUUGUGCACUCCAGCAAAGAGAGGAAGGCAUUGCAAGACGGACUGCUGUAUCCACAGUAAAUUUCCCGUACACGUACAUCAAAUGCGGUCUCCGCAUGACAAAACUUGGCUUCGCUUCUAGUUUCGCAUGACAAGUUUGACGCUCAAAAUUCGUGAAAUUUGUGAUGCAUCUUGUACAUGUACGGGAAAUUUGUAUUGCAUACGCUGCAUGCGGUGAUCAUCCCCUGUUACAAGGAAGACUGCGACCUAGUAUCCGACACGAUUAACAACUUGGUGUUGAAGCACGACAUAUGAACUGCAAAAGUAUCGUACUCGUACUAAUGGCAUUUAUGCAUUACAAAUCUUUUUGUUAGGGCAAAUCCGCAUUACAAACUCAAUUUGUAAUGCGAAGCCAAUUUGUAAUGCAAUUCAUACUAGUACGAUGCUUUUGCAUUGCAUACGACAUCAAGAGUCAGCAGAUGAGCGAGGACCUGGACAAAAAUCACUUCACCGCCGGGACGAUGAGCAAGAAACUACAAGAAAAAAAUCCGGAACAACAAGAUGAAAACGAAAGCCAGCAGCUCCCAUGCGACGAUGACCACCAAAUCGAAGCACUACACCAUCCAGUUGUAGCUCUCCCCAUGGUGCUCGUGCUGGCCAUGGAGGAGCGCGAAGGCCCGGCUGCAGUCGAAAAAGCGGAAAGGCUAAAAGGCAGACACGGCCACCAGUUCGCGAAGAUUAUUCUCAGCUACCACAAAGAGAACCAAUUUCCCGGCGAGGUGGCCGGCAAGAGUUCAAAUGUGCAUAUGAGAGUGCACAAGUCCCCCUCCCCCUCACUUGCAUGGCAUGAGCAGCAAUACAAACAUCAACGCAUUUGGAUCCUAUGCAUGACAAGUUCUUCACGAGCCGAAUGUAGUACUGUUUGGGCUUCCGAAAGUUGUCAUGCAAACAGUGCCACAUGGGACCGGACCAAGGCUUUGCAUCACAAAUGGGGGGAAGGGGGAGUUGUGCACUGUCAUAUUGCAGGCAGCGUGGCUAGAACUGCAGCGUUUUCUGAACGAUCCAACGCAAUGUGAAAAGCUGCUGCCCGGUCGUGAGGAGAAGGGGCAGUUUGGGAAGACGAGGACCAUGAUGAACUUGAACAAUGGCAGCAGGUACUAAUUGGAAUCUGUUUGAAAUGAAAUGAUAAUAGUUAGAUGCUUCGAUGAUUUUAUUUUAUGCGCGAUGAAAGCGUGGAUAGCUUCAUGAUCGAGUAUCUAUUUCUAACAAAAAGCUGCACGACAAGCAGGCGUUCCCUACUGCUUGUUGAUGUUCUUGAGAACAAUGAUUAGCUUGUACUGAACAAAAGUUGCUGCAGCGGAAAUAAAGAGAGAGAGAAAUUUAAUCAACAUUGGCAUCGAACAACUUGGAGUAAUACAAUUAGAACAAAAAUAACGAACAGCGUCUCCUCCACGUAUGGAAGCGAUGGAGCACCAUCAUCCGGUCCUGGUGCAGCUGAAAACGAACAAACUUCUCCAACAAGUUCUUGUAGCUUACUGCGGUGGCACCCGGACCGCACUUUCAUUACCAACUGCGACGCUGACACGCUGUUUCAUCGGCAGUACUUUCCCUGCGUGACGUUUCAGGCACUGCAGGAGCCGGCCUCAGACCGUGCGUGGAGGUUUUGGCAAGCGGUGCAGGAGCCGCUGCGCAACUGGGACCGCGUCCCCGGCUUGAGCAAGGUCGGCGCGGCAGGCGCUUGGAUGUAUCACAACAAAAAGUGUUAACGUUAACGGAAUUUGUGAUGCUGAAAUGCAUCACAAGACGUGUCAGAAUUUGUCAUGCAUAGCAUGCAUAUUGGGCUACAUUUGUGAUGCAUGACUGCAAUCUGUGAAAACCGUUAACGUUAACACUUUUUCCUGUGAUAGGAUGUACGAGCGCUACAAGCUCGGUCUGGUCUCCCCCUCCGCUCGACCGCUGAUGAGCUCCUAUAUGAAAGCCUCAGAACAAUGGAAAUCCUCAAAGUGGAAAUGAUUUGUGAUGCAUGAAAUGCGACGCAAAAAAGACUGUAUUGCAGAGGACGCAACGGAGGCCGACUAUUGUCCUGCCAGGGGUGAAGAAUUGGAGUGCUGCUUAGCACGACAGAAGGGCACCCCCUUGCCUUAACCUGCAUGACAGACAUGCUUUAAGAAGUGCCCGGGAAAUUUGUCAUGCGCGGACUACAAAUGCCGCUUUACCUGGAGUCGUUUUUUGCAUUACAAAUUAUUUCCACUUUGAGGAUUUCCAACCUGGUGAGGCUUUCAUAUCCUACACCGCGACGCAUCGACUUGUCGAGCGGAUGGGCGGCUUUGCUCCCGACGUCAUCUCCGAGGACCUCCACACUUUUCUGCAAGGCAUGCUCACCCGCUAUGGCGUUCUCAAUUGUUACAUUCUCAACUGUUACGUGGAUUUGUGACGCUAAAGGAGCAGUACGGAUGAAAGGGGCAAGCUUGCAAGAAAUGAGCUUGCAUCAUAUAUAAAUUUGGCACAGAGGAUUUAGAUACUGUUUGGCCCUUUGAUAAUUUGUCACGCGAAGCAGCUUGAUCUUCGUCUGGUGGCUCAUGGUCAUUUUGCACGUCUAAUCGUGUAAAAACAGCUGAGAAUGUAACGUUUGAGAGUGCCAUACCCGCGAACUGUGGAACCUCCAGGGGCUACAUACGUCUACGUCGCUCGAAGUAGAAGCUCCUGGCGAUCCUGAAGAUCAUGAGCACCAACAUCAGGUGGAUCAUCAUCUGGUGAACAACCCUGAUGAACAAGAUGAAUCCUCCGCCCUCAUACAGCAUUGCGGAGGAGUUGUUGGUGCCCCUGCGCCAGGUGGACGUCGUGCUCCUGUUGCAGCUUCCGCAGGAGUUGUAGCUUCUUCCUCCUCAACAUCUGCAGCUCUCUGCUACAAUAACGAUCCCACAAUGUUGCGGUUUCCCCUGCCGGCCUUCAAAGUCGUCGCGAUUUACCUACCGUUUGCUAGUUUUAUCGUGGAGAGCGAAGGAUCUACUUCGUCCUCCCGGAUGAGUGCGUACUUUGCGAACGUAGCGGCACGGUACACGCAAUCGCGGCGGCACCUGCAGGGCAUCGGGGAAGUGAGCUUUUUGGUCCUGAACCAGCUACGAUUAGCGGGGUGGCAACUUCGCAUGUUGCUGUCCUCGACGUCCAGAAAGUCGCCCACCGUGCGACCACCGGGUGUUGUUUCAUCGACGACCAGCAGCUGGCAACUGUUCAAGACUUCUGUCCUCACCCACCUGCUCCUGAUUCGAAUCGCGUGGGACAGGCUGGUUAUGGACAUGCUCCUCGGCCUGUGCAUUCUGAUGGGCAUGGUUCCCGGCGCCGUCGCGUUUCUUCACACUUGCGGUCUGCCGCUGUUGUUGCAAGUGUUGCCGCUUUAUGCAUUGCAAAAGUAUCGUACUAGUAUAAAUUGCAUCACAAAUUUUUUCAAGAACAAAAAUGCAACUCGUAGUGCUAUUUCACCUAAAAAGAGAUAUUUGUCAUGCACGAUAGCAAUUACUACGAGUACGAUACUUUUGCACUUGGUACGAUUACUUCGCUUGCGUUGGGUUUCACCUUUGUCCUCAUCACCAUGUGCUACGUGUCCUUGCUCGUGUACGCGUUGAAAAAUACGAAAGAGGGCAAAGCCUUUCCUGUCUGGCAACUAGAACAAAAGCAGCUGCACCAGGGAAUUUUAAAAUCGGCGGCGGGAGAAGAACUACAACAGACGAAAGAAGUCGCUGAUAACGUCGGCACCAGCGCGUCAACCACCGGGAAGAACAACAAUGUGGAAAGUAAUAAAUCGAGCGGCAAGAACAUGAUGGGACAAGAUCGACGUAGUACAGCAGUAGAGCAGCGAGGCGGAACAGAGCGAGCUGAUGCUGGGGAAGAUGAAGUAGAACACUCAUCGUCAUCGUGUGCUAGUUUCUCCGGUCAUCCAUGGGGCUAUUUGUUCUGCUGCGGCGGUGUUGAGCUCGAGUUCGUCGACCACAUGGAGACGCGGAUCGUACUGGAUCGGCACCACAACCCGGUACUCGCAGGGCCUCCUGUCCUCCUCGCGCUGCCGCCUGCAUCUCCGGCCGGCGCUGCGCCGUACGUCGGAGAGCAGCUCGCGGCGGCCAAGGACUUCUACGACAAUCGGAGCACGAUGCUUCCUUCCACCAGCGCUUCUUCCGCUUCGGAGGCGGAACAGCAGGACGAAAAAAACCAGUUGCGAGAACACAAAGAAGAAGUGGAGCACAACACCAGCGGCCUCAAAAAUGAAAGUCCUACUUUCACCGCGUGCGCAUUUCGCAAACUGACAUGCCUCUCGACCGUCGUGCUUUCCCUCUCGACUCUGCUCAAUGUCGCCGUCUGGGGGCAUAUGAAAGUGCAAAAAUUACAGCUCCCCUUGAUGUUCCCCUUCAUUUGUACUAUUGUAUGAACAGCAAUUAAAAAUAAAAUAUAACACUAAGUUGUACUAGUACAGUACGCGACAGCUGCAAAAAUACAGGCUUUGCACCAUGACGAGAAGAAAUCUACUGGACAGGAGUGUAGUACCUGCUGUAGUCGUAGUCCGAGCUGCUCCUGCUAGAUCUUGUCAUGCAAACAGUGCCAAGAGGCAACGCAAUGCGUAAAGAAUAUUAGGCCGCAUUUUGUAUCAUGACAAACCAAGAACGAGAGGGACGACCACGAGGGCGGGGAGUUGUAUGUUCUUCACUUGGAUAGGGCAGGUAUUUACAGUCCUGAUGUUCGUCGUACCGGGAACAGCGGCCGUGUUCCACACGGUGUUCCUCGGCGACCAGGGGUUUCGCUAUGUUGUGGCCGCAAAACCUAUCAGAAUGAAAAAUCCCCCCUCCCCAUAUCAGAACGGAAAUUUGUGAUGCUGAUUUGUGACCACAAAUCAGCUUUGUAUUGCACAGAGGCACUACAGGCAAAGCCUCAGCCUGCGUAGGGGUGUUUUGUUGUAGGCUCUUGGCAUAAGAGAGGCCUGCCAUGUAGGUGAAACAGCAUUACAAAUCGCCUCCUUAAGGCAGCGGAUUCUUUGGGUUUGCCUUCUUGCAAGACAAAUGUGAUUUGUGACCUCAAAUCCGCAACACAAAUUUUUGCAAACAUACCUUUUCGAUAUGGGGAGGGGGGAUUUUUCCUCUCAAUAAAACCGAAAAACAGGAAGGUGGAGGCACAACAAGAAGUGGAGGAGACUAUAGUACAGAAGUAAGUUUUGCAUUUAACUUUAUCACCACUUGCGUCACGUAGCACGUGACGCAAGAACGGAAAAAUCCAUCGCACUGAUUUGAGAUUUCUUGCAGCGGUAUAUUUUACAAAUACGCACGAGAAUUUGAAUAUUAACUUAGUUUUUAGGUUGGAAAACGCAUUAGAAUUCUACUACUUGAAUGGUCGGUCCGAUAGUGCCGCUUGUCGCCAUGCUAGUACAACUACAGAUUUAUCUGCUUCAGUAUGUAUCUAUCAGUAUCAGCAUCUUCGAAACGUGAGAUUGUUUCUGUUUGUAUCUGAUGUAUCAUAAUUCUUAUUUUUCUGAUCAAACUCUUUGUCAGUGUCGCUAACACUAGGUUUAUUCUAAGCUCAAACAAGAAAAACUAAUUCGUAUGCAGGCAGCACUACCUGCUAGUACUAAAGUAAAUGAUGUGAUGUUCUUGUGCAUCGUAUGUAUAUGAUAACGACAAGACCGUCCGUGAAUGAUGAACUACUAUGUGGACGAGAUGAUUUACAAUGUAGAAGGGUUUGAACAAAGUGAAGAUAUGCAAUUUGUUACAUUGGCUGUGGGGGCGGAAGAAGUCUUUUCUUCGAAAGUAUUUUCUGGCAAGCAAUGUCGUGAAUGUCGAAAAGAUAGAGAUCUCGUUAAGUAAUAUUACAUAGGUACGCAAUAACUUCGUCAACAUCGGCAUGAUCAGGAUUCAUG